AUGGAUCCUCUCCCUCACGUCCUCGCCUCUGCUUCUUGCCGCCCGGCCCUUCAGCAGGAAGCAACCACUCAAAAUCACUUCGUCAAAGUUGCCCCGGAGAAGAUGCUGCUCCCCAAUCUGGCCUUUACUACUGCACAGGAUAUCCGGGCAAGCGGAGUUGCUGCGUUCAUGAAGGGGGAUGAAAUUCGAGGAUGCAUUGACGGUUUUCAGCCUCCGAGCUUCACGUCCAGCAAUUCUUUGGCCGCAACGCCACUGUACGGCCACCAGGGUACUGAGGGCACUCCAGAAGGCUCUGUGAGUGCUUCAUCUUUUUCUGUCCCGUCGAAAGUUUCUGGAGAUCGUUUCCGUUUCUCCGAGCAUUUCUUUUCCUCCUUCCGCCAGCAGUGCGGUGCGACAGCAUGCGCUGCGGCAGUUGUUCCAGCAAAGGAGAAUGUGUGGCCUUGGAACGACAGCUCUUCUACAGCGCCGAAGGUGACUUGGGCGUACGAGAGAAACGGAAAUGCGGCGCACGCAGCGGAUCGAGAGCAGCCAAGUGAACGGCCAGAAACGCUCGAGUUCCGUGAUGCGUGGAACAGAGGAAAACCUGAACGGGAUGGCUGCAGUGUAGAACUAUCCGAGAAGUCUCCGGACUCCACAACUCCCCACAUCGACGGAGGCAACAAAGAUUUUGCGUGGUACCACAUGCCAGCGUCAUCUCAAGGCCGUGACCAGUCGCUGCCAAGGCGUAGGGCCCCGAUGCUGUCUCGAUGGGGUGACAGUCGCAGAGAUGACCUCAGUUCCUCCUCCUCUCUGGCAACAAGCGAAUCCGUUUCCUCGUGGGCCUCUCCACUACGUUCUCGCCGUGUCCCUGCUUCCUCCUGUCCUCCGUCUCCUUUCUCCGCUCCCGUUUCCUCCUCCUCUUCGACUUCUGACCGCUCCUCUGCGUGGCAUGAUGCUGCGUCGCCUGCACUUGGCCACCGCUCUUCUCCGUCUCCCGUCGUGUCUCUUUCGUCAGAUCCUUCUCGGUCUUUCUCUUUUGCCUCCGCUACGCCUGGCCUCCCAGCUGCUCCCCCGUCAGCUUCUUCCGCUCUCUCGAUGAGUGCUUCACGUGCUUCUGAGUGGGGAGAGAGGCGAGACAGCGACAUGGUCAUCUUCUCUGUCGGAGAGCGCACGCCUGCGCGCGUGUACUUUUUGCCGCCCGAGGAGAGCGCAUGCCGUGCGGAGUUCCCCCACCCUUUUCGAGCUCGCGCUCCCCUCGUCAGUUUUCCGAAGAGUGAAAAGAGCGUGGCGGCAAACAGGGCUCUUGUCCGCCGCUUCUGGCCUUUUGGAAGCAUGACAGACCGAGGGAUCCCGACGCCCAAGCGAAACAGGGAGCUCAGCAGCGGCCUCGCGGAACGCGCUCCACAAAAAGAAGAGGAGCAGAAACAGAGCAACAAAGACUUGGAAGAUGCAUGCCCCACGCGCCCGCCUUGGAUUUUUGAGGACUCCGAUCGUCUGACGGUCGAAGGAACGGAAAGGCGCGGCGACAUUGUGCAGCCACACUGUCCCCCGUUGCCGUUGUCGCUGGUCGCCUCCUCUUCACCUGGGUCUCCGUCCUUGUCUGUGCCGUCUUCGUCUCCUAUCCAUCCAACAUCGCCUGUCUGUGCUGGCGCCGCAUUCUCCUGCCGUUUCUCGAGCGGUGCUGCGGGAGAUGAACAAGAUGCAGAACGUGAGCUCGUGUCUUGCUCCUCUGUGACAGCGAAGGAUUCACAUGAGACGCUCGGGAACACUGAACUAUCUUGCUGCAGUGGUCAUCCCGUGGCGAAAGUCCUCCACAUUUUGCACGAGGAAGUGCGGAAACGCGAGUGCUCCUCUGUGACGGCAUCUGGAGGGCCUUCCCGGCUGUACGUCAAGACGGAGAAUUCUUUUCUCUCAACUGAUGGAGAGACAGCAGCAACACGGGAAGCGCCUGUCUCUGCGCAGGCAUCGGCGGCAGGGGACGAAACGACCGCUCGAAGCAUUCAAAGCACAUCUGAUAGGGUUGUCGUCUACGCUUCCUCUGGAGACUCGCUUGCGCCUUCCAUGACUCCGAGUCGACGGCAAAGUGGGUGCACAUGCAGAGGCUCGGCCCGUCCUUCUGCGGAUGAUCCUUCCCGCCUUUCGACUCACCAGAAAUGGCCCACACGAGCCCCCGAGAUUUCCUCUGCUUCGCGUUCCGGCGGCGUCUCUGCUUUCGACAUUCGGAGAGGCACUGGAGUGGCGCGUCUUGGUCCUUCCUCGUUUCCGGCGGCGGCUUAUGCGCAGCUGCACACACCGUGCGUGGGUCGCUGUCCUUUCUCCGUCCGCGCGGUGCUGUCGAAAUCGCACAAACCAGUUGAUGAAGCGGUACGCAGUGCUUUGGUGGGGACGCCGGAGGCAGCCUGCGUCAGCAACCCGAGAAGUGCGGAGAGUUCCACUUCAGAGAACACCUCGGCUCGCUUCGGAGGACAUUCCCGUGGCGACUGCAGCAACCUGGCGACUGACUUCAACGGAUCAACACUCGUUGUGUCCCAUGCCGCCCCGCGCGUGCGCUUCGGCCAGGGGGGGAAGGCGUUGCCACAGGAAACAAAGAUGAACCGUGUCAGGAUCCUUCUUCAUGGGAACGCGGAGACAACUGAGGCAGUCGAGAACGAGGACGCUGGGGUCGGUGUGGGCGCAGCAAAUAGAGGAAACGCGCCACUGUUCGAUCCCUCCAUCGAUCGGAAACACUUCCUGCGGCCGACGGUUUGCUCUCUGAGUCGGAGCCGCACAGAUUCCCGCUCUGGGCGAGAAUCGAGCGCAAGCAGGGGCUCUUCGUUGAACGAGAGCAUCUCUUCCUCUUCGCCUUUCCAAGCGCAGGGGAGAAAAAACCUGUCGCGCGCCGACAGAGCAGCAGCGAGAGGACGCGCUGCAAUCGCGGCUGCGGCUUGUGCACACCGAGGCCUUCGACGGCGCGACGCUCGGCAACCUGCCGAACGAGGGGUUCUGACCGAGCUAGCGACGACCGACGCAAGCAAGUCUGAUCAGAAAGAGCAAAAGAACAAGGCGUUCGGAAAUGGAGAGGGACGCAGCUCUACGAUUCAUCGAAGGAGGGCGGCAGGCGACAAGCAGAGUGGUCGAAGCACCCACGCGGCGACAGCCGAGGCGGCAUGCAAAGAACGCCCUCGGGCAACAAUGCACGCUUCUCGAUUUCCCGGCAACUCGCUUUCGGUGGCGAAGCAGCCUGCAGGUUCUUCAAAGACCCUUGUUGUUCAGGAAUACGAAGCGAGGGAGAAGGAUUCACCGAACUGCCCCAAGUUCACGAUCUGUGUACACAAAGAAACGGAUGGAGACGCGAGCUCGUGCUCAGCCCCGAGACAGCAUAAUUCUUCUGCUUCCUUCACACGAAGCGCGGGCCGGUCCCCCGUUUCGCGGGGACCGUCUCUCCAAACAGGAAACGGAGAUUUAGCGGGAAGUAGACGAAUCCAAGAAGGGGGGGCCAUGCUUCGGCGCAAGCACGACGGCAGAGCUACUGUGGCACUACUGACGAGAAGCGAUAGUGAUCUGGAUUCUGUCGCUGCCGAGCGUGAAGAUCGCAUGCGUUUGCUCGACUAUUGUCGAAGCAUAUUGGCAGGCGGUGUGUACUCGAAGAUGUAUCGCGAAGGGCCCUACAGGAUGAAGCGAUGCUCAUACACCCUGACAUGGCAGCCGGUAUGCAUCCGAUACUCUAGCGACACCGCCUCCCGUCAAAAAGAGAGACACCGCUUUCUCGCCGAUGAAGGCAGCGUUCCACAAGCAACAGUACCAGUCACAGUCUGUCCUCAGUGUCUUCGUAAAAACAAAAUCCAUGACGCGUCUCGACAGAAAACUCGAUUACUGUCGUUCACAUUAGACUGUCUCAAAUUGCCGACUACCAGCACACACUGUACUCUUACUCUCUCUCUCGCGUUGCUGUAG